UGUAAACAGAGCGUUAGGAGAGAUGGAGUCAACGAGAGGACUGACUUAAACGGCCAACGCAUAACUAGUGCUCGUAGCGAACAGCUGGAGGUCCUCGUUAGGCACUACAGACAUUGUUUUUUUUUUAUUUUAUUUUUUCUCAACUACUGAAAAUACUGCCUGAGCAGUAAGGCGUCGUGCCGCGGUUCUGCGUGUGGCUCAGACGUGUGAACCUCCUCCGAAGCGCUGCCAUCAUCGAGCCGUCCGCCGCCACCGUUCGCGGGCCUCGCGCUCCGGCUCCAUGGGGAACUGCCUGUCGUCCCAGGGCGCCGAUGACCUGUCUCUGCUGAACGAGUCGGAGGGAGCGAGCCUACCGGGGGAGCCGCCGCCUCCCUACCAGGAGCGUGCCCAGGUGCCCGUGUACCACCCAACACCCAGUCAGACACGACUCGCCACGCAGCUGACGGAGGAGGAGCAGGUCCGAAUCGCCCAGAGGAUUGGCCUCAUCCAGCACCUUCCUCGCGGCAUCUUCGACCCCGGCUCAGAGCCCUCUGAUAAGAAAGUCAAAGAGUGUGUGAUCUGCAUGAUGGACUUCGAGUAUGGAGAUCCUAUCCGGUUUCUGCCCUGCCUGCACAUCUACCAUGUGGACUGCAUCGACGCCUGGCUCAUGCGCUCCUUCACCUGCCCGUCCUGCAUGGAGCCCGUCGAUGCUGCCCUCCUCUCCUCUUACGAAACCAACUGAGGUGAAGCGCCACCCCCACUUUACCAGAUGCGCUGAUAUUAAACCAGUUGGGUUUGCCGGGGGACGUGCAGAUGCAGGGGUGGGGGGGCGCAACGGCAUUGGUGUGGAGACUGAGAAGGGCAGAGGAAAAGAGGAAGGUGGCCCAACUACAGGGGGGAACUGGCCUGAGGAGACAUCCCUGCUUACAGACCAGUACCCUGCCUGACACUUCUUACACGAGCAAUCAAUGAAGGAUUAAGGAUACUUAGCUGAUAUUUAGUAGAACACGUGUAAUUGAUAAUUAUUGGAGAUAAUUGCUCCAUUACCAUUGAUUUUCCUUAAUUCCCAGCAUAAUAUCCCAAGAGCAAUGGUACAGUAUUUUAACAAAGGAAUCUUAUUUUGUGUGACGUUAUCAGUCAAAUCAGUUUAAUCCCUCCUAACAGCGCUGGCCAUCUCGUGUUUGAGAAAAAGAAGUGUGUGUGUGUGUGUG